GUUUGACUUGAAAAUGGUUUCACCUCUUAACAGAAUCUAGUCACGUUUCCUUUUUUUUUGAAACUGUUAAAAACUCUCCGGCAAACACACAAAACAAACCUAAAAAGCUCCGAAAGAAAGAUUUGCGAAAUCUUUUGAUGAAAAAGGAGCAGACAGGACGCAAAUUCGCUUUUCUGAAUCCACUAGAGUAUUGUUUCCUCCGUCGAAUUCGAAUGAACACUUGAGCAAAAAGACGGCGUGGAAGUGGACGGUGAAGAUUUUUUGUUGUUAGACAUGGCGCAGAAUAACGGGUACAUGGUUCCGGUGGAUCCUUCGGCGGUUGUGACGGUGAAGAAGAAGACGCCUCAAUCGUCACGGAAUUGGGUUUCUAUAAACGCGACGGGAGUGAGUUCGGCGCUCGAUGUCGACAAGUAUGCUAUCAUGCACCGUGUCCAGAUCCACGCUCGCGAUCUCCGGAUUCUCGACCCAAAUCUAUCUUACCCAUCCACUAUUCUUGGCCGAGAGAGAGCCAUUGUGCUGAAUUUGGAGCAUAUCAAGGCGAUUAUAACUUCCGAAGAGGUUUUGCUUCGGGAUCCAUCAGAUGAAAAUGUCAUUCCCGUUGUGGCGGAGCUUCAAAGACGCUUACCUGUUGGAAUCGAAGCACACCAUGGUCAAGGAGAUGGUGAUAAUGGUGAAGACGAUGAAUCCCCAUUUGAAUUUCGGGCUCUGGAAGUUGCUUUAGAAGCAAUCUGUAGCUUCUUGGCUGCAAGGACAACAGAAUUAGAAACAGCUGCUUAUCCUGCCUUGGAUGAACUUACCUCAAAGAUUAGUAGCCGUAACUUGGACAGAGUUCGGAAAUUGAAGAGUGCCAUGACUCGGUUGACAGCUCGAGUUCAAAAGGUAAGAGAUGAGCUCGAACAGUUGCUGGAUGAUGACGAUGAUAUGGCGGAUCUUUACCUUUCAAGGAAACUUUCUAGUGCUUCCUCACCGGCUAGUAGUCCUGGUGAGCCUUGGUAUCCUACUUCCCCAACGAUAGGUUCUAAGAUUUCGAGAGCAAGUAGAGCGAGUUUAGCCACUGUUCGUGGAGAUGAGAAUGAUGUUGAAGAACUUGAAAUGUUGCUCGAGGCAUACUUCAUGCAAAUCGACAGCACUUUGAACAGAUUAACAACGCUAGACAAUCAUCGUAAUCAGCUGAUUCAGUUGGAGCUUGUGUUAAGUUCUGGAACCGUUUGCUUAUCAAUAUACUCUCUUGUCGCUGGAAUUUUCGGGAUGAACAUUCCAUACACAUGGAACGAAGGCCAUGGAUACAUGUUCAAAUAUGUGGUGAUCCUGACAGGAACAUUGUGUGCAGUGGUGUUCGUGAUGAUAAUGUCGUACGCUCGGUACAAAGGGCUUGUGGGAUCUUGAGGAAUUUGGGUAGAGAGAUUUUAUGGAUUUAGGAGGAAGUUUAAAGAAAUGCAAUUGAGACUUUAUUUAAUUGUAAAGAUGAGCUUUGCUCUACAUAUCGAUUCGUUACAAUUAGUGCCAUAUGAAUCAAAGUUUAUUAUAAGCCAACCAGUUCUUGGCACAUAUUAGCAUCCUAACACCAACUAAACAAGUUUCGACUUUCGAGAAUCUGAGUUUAUAUUAAAGAUUUAAAGUAUACAUCUA